CUACGGCAAGCAUUAUUUUUAUCGUCUCUAACACAAGGUGGAUGGAUACAACUCUAACCGAUAAUGUUACCUAUGCCUUAUUUCUUUAUAAUUUGUCCCCUUCCCAUCAUCAAGGGCGUGGAACAGAUUAUUAUUUUCACUUAAUUUCAGGAAAUACUUAUAAUUGGUAGGCGGUACUAUACGAAACGUGACGAAUGAGGUGACAAAUCCAGUGACGGGCAUUACACAUAGGCACUAAUACUUGUUUGUUUUUGUUACUACAUAUAUUAUCUUCUAAAGUGGAAGAAAGCCAGUGUAUCCAGUGCCGUCGAACCGUGAACAUCUAAGCAUGGAAAUUAAUCAAACUCGAAUCAUCUUUUUGUUUAUUUUCGCGUUAAAUUUAUUAUUGUAUUCAAAUGCCAAUAAUUCUACCUUAUCUGAAAAUAGCCGCUUGAAAAUUCUGGCAAUCUUUCCUCAUCCGGGCAAGAGCCAUUUCUUCGUAUUCAAAACUUUCAUCGAAGAGUUAGCACGUCGAGGCAAUGAAUUGACGGUGAUUUCUUAUUUUCCGAGAACCGAGAAGGAUGAAUAUCUUCCCACUUACAAGGAUAUCAGUUUGGUCAAUAAAGAGAGUGACGUGUUUGUAAACGUAGUCGAUUUAAAGGAAUUUGAACAGAUAUUUUACAUCAUUAAAUAUUUUGUCAAUAUAUACAUGUUGUACCGCAUGAGAUUCAUAAGCUGUGAAAAUUUAAAACAUCCAGGUGUAAAGGAAUUGAGCGAAAAUGGAGAGAAGUUCGAUUUGGUGCUGAUAGAGAAUUUCAAUACUAAUUGUUUUAUGAGCUUUGUGCAUAAAUUGAACGUGCCCUUCAUAGAUAUAUCUACUCACCAGCCAAUGCCAUGGACUAUACAUAAUUUUAGAUUUCCCAACGAAGCCAGUUUCAUGCCUAUGUUGUUGACCCCGAUUUUAAAACCGAUGAAUCUUUUUUAUAGAACGAUGAACACGUUGUCGCUGUACGUCUCAUCGGCGUUAUAUUGCACGAUUUUCCAUUGGAAGGAUCAAUCUAUAGCGGAAGAAAUUUACGGCCCGGAUAUUCCGAAUGUGCUAACGAUAAACAAGAACAUGUCCAUUUUUUUUGUUAACACGCAUUACACUCUUCACGGUAGCUUUUCUUAUCCGCCGAAUGUCAUCGAAGUGGGCGGAAUUCACAUCGAAUCGAAAAGAAAACCUUUGCCACAAAACAUAGCCAAAUUUCUCGACGAGGCUCACGAAGGUGUUUUGUACUUCAAUCUCGGUUCGAUGAUCAAAAUGUCUACGAUAUCGAAGGAUAAAUUGAAUAUAUUGAUCAAAGUGUUUCGUUCCAUUCCUAGAAAAGUGAUUUGGAAAUGGGAACAAGAUGACAUUCCGGAAUUACCUGACAACGUCAUGGUCCAGAAAUGGCUGCCUCAGUACGACAUAUUAAAUCACCCGAACGUUAAGUGUUACUUCGGCCACGGCGGUCUCCUCGGAUUAACGGAAGGAGUUCAAAGCGGGGUCCCGAUGAUACUCAUGCCCUUCUACGGUGAUCAAUAUUCGAACGCGGCCGCGGCUCAAACUAGAGGCGUCGCUGUUAUCCUGGAAUUCAACGAUUUCACCGAGGAAAAGCUGAGAAACGCUUUGGACCAAGUAUUCAAUGACACGAGAUAUGGGGAGAACGCCAAGAGGCUUUCGAAAGCUUUUAAAGAUCGGCCAGCCAGCCCUCUGGAGACAGCGAUAUGGUGGACGGAGUACGUGGCACGUGGGAACGGUUUGCCGUACGUGAAGAGCGAGGCGACAACCAUGGCCUGGCACGAACGUUACCUCGUCGAUGUGCACGCCAUCCUCCUACUCUUCUCUUUGCUCGCCCUUUACGUCCAAUACAGGGUGGUAAAGUACGCGUUUGCCUGCGCUCUGAGAUCGAAAGACGCGGGUAGUAAAAAGCGAGCGAAUCUCUCUAAGAAGAGGGAUUGAAAUCUUUGGAUAAUGAAUAAUGCGAGGAGAUGUCUCGCGAGAUGGAUACGAUGAUGGAUAGUGUUUGUAAAGCGUGAAUACGAGAGUACGAGAACGAGCUAACGGAACGGAAUAAGAAGAACAAUCGUGCAUCGUGUCUGCAAAUAUUCUUUUCUUUCUUUCUUUUUUUUUCUUUUUUUUCCUUUAUUUCUCUCUCUUUUCUUUACCCAAAAACUGGUUUCGAAAAAAAAAGCUAGAGUCGUUCGUUGGACGAACCGGCUCUCUUUGCCCCAGGCGAAUUUCGAUCUCGGCUAUUGUUUCGAUAAUAAGCCAAUCAACGGAGCCUUUCUCAACGCUCAACUCCCAGCUCGGUCGAUAAAUUAAAUCAUCAACGUCUGGAGGCGGCGCGUGUUCGUAAUUCCGAUUACAGUGGCCGACAGAGUCGGAAGUCUAGCCAAUUUUCGCGGAUGCUCCUUCUUUCCGCUCGCCCCUCCUUCCUUCUCGCCCACCUCUUCACAACGGAACGAGAAAGAGACUGGAUGGCUACGAGGACUGGAAACGGAAAGGGAAGGCAGGAUUUGUGAAAAAAGGACGAGCAACCUUGGAGGAGAAAGAGCGAGGUAGACAACGAAGACGGUAGAGGAGAAGGGAGGAGAAGGAAAAAGACGCGAAAGGAGGAGGAAGAAAGGAGAGAGGAGCAGCUUUGCGGGCAUUACCCGGUAUUUCCCAGGUGGCCGAGUCACCGACUGCGUCAACUGGAUUCGGUUCCCGCAACAACGGCAAAAGGGAACAACGAGGCUUUACCGCGACAAGGAGGCGACUGCAUUGGUUGGUUGUAGCUGCGUUCACAGAUAACACGGAAUCGACGGUGUACCGCGGAGCGCUUUGGAACUACGAGGACGGGACAGAAGACGGUUGGAGAAGGAAAAGAAAACGAGCUCGACGACGACAAAGAUGGAUCGCGUCCAACAUCGGCGGAUUAAACGAGGAUCGGAUGUUCGUCUCUCGUUUCGUUUUCCCUUCCGCCGGUUACAGUCUCUUUCCACGGAUUUUCGCAUGGAUCGCUCGGAAGCGGCGCGAAAACACGGCGCGGGGUAAAGGAUAAAGGCGAAGGAUUCGUCGAGAUUCUUUUCUUUCGACGAGAUAAAACUUGUUUCGAUAUUAUUGCUCCCUCCUUCUCCCUCCUCCUCCCUCCUUACCAUCACGAACGAUUAAUCUUUAAAAGAAUAUGGGGGCUCGAUCGAUUUCUCGAGUUUCGUCGCCACUUGAAAAAUAUUGCGAUGGAUCCGUGCGAUGGAUGAUAUGAUAUAGCGAUAUUUCGAGCAAAUACUGCUUCGAUUCCCAUCCCCCUCCCCGCGCGGAACAUCGAGGCGGGCGGCCUUGGGAGAGCACCUAAUGCAUCACAGAACGGAGUUCCGUGGUCGGAAGGACGGAUCCCGUUUCAACGGAUUGUUUCGUGCUUGCGCCAGAUUGCGUCAAAUAUUUACUUGACAAAGUUUACGCCGCAAAAUGCGUCCGCGAAACAUUAUUCCACGGGAGAGCGUGUACACGCAGCGCGCGGAUUACUUGGGAGUGACCAACAGUUUGUCUCGUGGAAAGGGCGGUGGUGGAAGAGAAGAACGAACGGGGAGAAAAUACGCGGAUUUUCUCGGUCGUUGCGGUUCCCCCCGCGAUUCUCGUUCCUUUUUUUUUUCUUUUUCCUUUUUUCCCCUCCCUUCCCUUAUUCCAUGUCCAGCAAGCUUUUACAAUCGAAAAAGCGACUCGUCGCCGUGCGAAACGACGAUGGACGAUCGAGAAUCGAAACUUCGUUUUCGCGCGUAAAAAUAAAAUUCCCUUGCUUGUGUUCCACGGGGAUAGAGAGGAGCGGCGAUCAUCGUUUUUCAGCGGUCGAAAAAUUUGAGAGCCAGUGGGGAAAACUCGCGUUUUUCACCCGGUAGCUCGACUCCGCUCCUAUGCUACGACGAUAUUUACCGAUGGAGAGGAAAGAGAGAGAGAGAGGAAGCUGGGGAUGCGUGGAGAAGCUGGACGCGGGAGUAUUCGCUUCAAAGGGGAAGUUUCCUUGCAAACUUCUCGUCUCUCUCUCUCUCUCUCUCUGUGGACGGACAGGAAGCAUUUUAAAAAGCGAUUCGAGAGGGGAAGAAGAAGAGGAAGAGGAACUAGAGAGGGGAAAAAACGUAGUUCCGGCGUAGUACCGGUGUACUUUUUCGCUGGCGUAAUGGAAUGUAAAGUUCCCGAUUAAAUUGCGUCUUUAAGCGAUCCUCACCGGUGAGAUAUUUUUUGUAAAAAUACAGGCUUGAGUAACUGAGAAAUAUCGUUAGCCCCGAUGUCCCUCUCCUCCUCCUCCAUCGUUGCUCGCCGAGUUCAAAAACCCAUUACCCCGUCCGAGAUACAGGGAAAAGCGGGAUUGCUUCUCGCCGGGCACGCCGUGUUGUCACAGGAAAUAUUUUUUCAAGUUAUAUUCCGGCGUCGAAACACCGGCCAUCGCCUGUUAAGACGAUCUUCGCGGGGAUGGUGGAAGAUCCCACUUCGGUUUCCACUUCGGGGACAAUUUCCCGCCAAUUAAAAAUUAUAUUAAAUAUUUUUUUGUUGUAUAAACUGUGUAAAAGAAAAGGAAAGAAAGGAAAAGGGAAAAAUAUCCGAUUUCGACCCGAGGAACGACGCGAACGAUUGUAACGUGAAACGAUCGAUCUUUUAAAGGAAAAAAAAUAUUGGAGAAAUUUUAAUAUUUUUUCAAGUUAUGUUUCGGCGUCGAAACACCGGCCAUCGCCUGUUAAGACGAUCUUCACGGGGAUGGUGGAAGAUCCCACUUCGGGGACAAUUUUCCGUCAAUUAAAAAUUAUAUUAAAUAUUUUUUUGUUGUAUAAACUGUGUAAAAAGGAAACGAAAGAAAGGAAAAGAGAAAAAUAUCCGAUUUCGAUCCGAGGAACGACGCGAACAAUUGUAACGUGAUCGAUCUUCUAAAGAAAACAAAUAUUGGAGAAAUUUUAAUAUGCUUUAUCUUAGAUUGUGUGGACGCGCAGAUUUGUUUGUUUCAGAUUUAUAUACACAGUAUUAUUCCCCCGGAAUAAAAUUCCUUUGAACGUUGAACGUGCCUCGCCUAUGGUAGAGACGGAACGCUUUAGUAGAACAUUCUCUGCCUCGGUCGAGGAGCAUUGAAACGGGAGCAUAACGCUCCCCGUAUGAAUGGAAUUCGAAGAAAGGGUGGUGCGUUCCGAAUGAUGCGUUCGAGGGGAUGAAAAGGGGGCUUACCCCGAGUUUACGCCGCGUCAUUUCGCGCUCGCUUUAACUUCGUUGAUUGAAUCAUGAACGGGAAACCGCCCCUUUCCUUCCUUCUCCACUCUUCCUCCAGGUGGAGGAGGUGGAUGCUCCCUCUCUCUCUCUUGCGCUGAUUAUAUCCGUAAUGGCAAGUGGAAUGGAAAGGGAUUCGUCUGUCUCUUCCUCCGUUCGAUUCUCUGGUCGAUUUGCGUUGUAAGAAUUGUAAAAAGGAAGAAGGAAAAGAAAAGAAAAGAAAAACAAGAAGAGAAAGAAGAAAAAAAUAUGGAAUAAAAUAUCGUAACGAAAUUAUCCGUAAAA